AUGUCUCCUACCGACCCAAUGUCCGGAUAUCUCGGCCACCUCACGCCAGAACAAGAAGCAAAGGUCAUCGAAUUAUGGACCGUCAUCUUGACCUCAAUUGCGAGUGUACUGUCGGCUGUGUAUGAUGUCCCAAUUCCAGAUGGCCCCUCCAGCAAGCUGUUUGCUGCUUUGGAUAAGAUCAAUGAGCCGACGGUGGAGGCUAUUAUUAGCGCAUUGAAGGGCGAAGAUGCCAACAAAGAAGCUUCAAACGGCACCGCACCAACGAAAUCAAAUAACCAGACCAAUGGAGAAACCACCACGGAAAGCAACUCCGACAAUAAGGAGCAGAAAUCACUCGACAAGGUGGACUCGCUUAUGAAUGGACAUGCCAAAAACACUAUCAUGUCGGAAAUGGCCACCCGAAAGGUCACGCCGGCCCACUUUGCUUCCAUUUUCUCACGACUUCGAGAGCUCGGAGUGCAGGAGGAAGAAAUCAAGUCUAUGGAGCAGAUCCUGUCUAAGCUGACACCUCAAGAAAUGUGCUUUGCGAUUUUGAAGAUGAUCAAGGCGGAACAUCCAGACACCUUAUUGCUCCGGUUCUUGCGCGCCAGGAAAUGGGAUGUCGGAAAAGCGUUCUCAAUGAUGGCGUCAAACAUCCUGUGGAGAAAGGAAGUGGAGGUUGAUGAAAAGAUUCUGCCCCAGGGAGAGGAAUAUGCCUUGGAGCAAACCCGCAGCGCCACAGCUACUUCGACGGAGAAGAAGGAAGGUACCCAAUUUAUGCACCAACUCAGGACGGGCAAAAGCUUCAUUCAUGGCUUUGACAGGGAGGGACGGCCGGUUAUCUAUAUUAGAGUAAAAAUCCACAAGCCAGACGCUCAGAGUGAGGAAGUUCUCGAGCGGUAUAUUAUUCAUAUGAUAGAGGCAGCACGACUUAUCGUUGGUCCUCCAGUUGAAACGGGCACAAUUGUCUUCGAUAUGACCGGAUUCGGGUUAUCGAACAUGGACUACCCUCCAGUCAAGUUCAUCUCCAAAUGCUUCGAGGCAAACUACCCGGAGUCUCUGGGGCAACUGCUCAUCCAUAACGCACCCUGGAUUUUCUCCGGCAUCUGGAGACUCAUCCAAGGCUGGCUUGACCCCGUCGUCGCAUCAAAAGUGCAUUUCACACGUUCAGUCGCAGACCUAGACAAGUAUAUCCCGCGCAACACGAUCCCCAAAGAGUUUGCCGGCGAGGGAGACUGGAGCUACACAUAUGACGAGCCCGUGAAAGACGAAAAUGCCAUCAUGAAGGACACUGAAACGCGCGACUCGCUCAUGUACGACCGCAUGAUGAUCAGUAUCCGGAUGAUUAGCGCGACAGCAGCGUGGAUAUCUGCCAGCUCGCACAGUGAUGGGAAGGAAGAUGUAUCGAAAGUGCAGGAACUCAAGUCGAGACGGAAUGCUGUUAUUGAUGAGUUCCGCGAGAACUAUUGGAAGUUGGACCCUUAUAUUCGAGCGCGGUCGUUCAUUGAUCGGACUGGGAUGCUUUUGCCUGGUGGGAAGCUUGGACUAAAUGCCAGUGCCAACGGCCAGGCAAAGUAG